UCCAUUGUGAAUUAGAACCAAAAUGGCUGAGGAUGGCCCUCAGUGGCAGUCAGUGCCAACCCCCUUUAUGACUGACGGCUUGAUCGUCCAAUAGCAGCUUGCUUUGUUAUGUCCAGUACCCAAUUACAUCUCGGCAAACAGUAGCUUUGUGGUAAAGUACAGUAGUUAGCCGUCGUCCAGAUCAACAAGCCGCGAUUUUGGAAGCAGUUUGAUAAACACUCAGUGUUCCUCGGCUGAUGUCAGUCGCUAUCUGCAUUUCCAGCGAGACGUAUCACGCGUGAUCAGCGAUAAACCAGCACAAAACUAGCCAGCCACAUAGCCCCGAACCGAAAAGGUUGGAUGACAUCGUCGGUUGAACUUAAAGACAGCUAGCUUGUUUUUCUUUCCAUUUCACACCAGGCAAGUCUCUGACAACUGAACAAGCCAACAACGCUCUUGUCUUUCGAUUGGUUCAAUCUUUACACCAUACAAUCGAGCUAGGAGGAACUUUUCAUCGUCAUUCUGGUAAUCAGCGCGAACAUUAGCCUGAACUAAUUUUUUCCCCAAACACAAUAUACACUCAACACUCGACUUAUUUAUAUACGUCAAGCAAGCCUUCGUUUUUUGUCCACAAACCGCGUUUUUCGAAGAACUACCAACAGCUAAAACUAGCAAUAUUUAGCUAACAAUUUGUUUUUAAAAAGAGGGACAAAACAACCAUAACUGCUGAAGAAGUGUUAGCGCCAGCCUUGACUAGCCAGCUAACACCAAACCUUCACCUGAACCAUUUUAACAACCAUUAAUUAAGGACGAAAACCGUAAAGCUUUAAAAACGGAUUGGUGCUUCAUUCAUGACCUUUAACUUUUAAAUAGCCCAUUUGACACGGUGCAGGAGUAACUCUUUAAGGUAACCUCUCGCCUUUUAAAAUAAUCGGUGACAGAACAGCGAGGCACCUGAGUAUUAGAGGCAGAGCCAGUGACAGGACCUGAAGCUGGUUGUGUACAGCCACGGAAUCCCUCAUCGGAUUGUUAUAUUAUCAGUGUUAUUGUUGAAGAUGGCGGCGAUCGGAAUGGUGCAGAUGUUGAUCGAAGCAGCCGAGUACCUCGAUCGCAGGGAACGAGAAGCAGAACACGGCUAUGCCUCCAUGCCACCCUUCAUCAGCAGUCGAGAGAGGGAAAGCUUGAAAAGGAAAAGCAAAAGCAAGAAAAACACAAGUAGCAGGUCUACGCACAAUGAGAUGGAAAAGAACAGACGGGCACAUCUACGGCUGUGUUUAGAGCGCUUGAAAUCCCUCGUUCCCUUGGGACCAGAUGCUAACAGGCACACCACCCUCAGCCUGCUGAUGAAGGCCAAAGAUCACAUCAAGAGGUUGGAGGAGAGUGACAGGAGAGCUCAGCACACCUUGGAGCAGCUACAGCGGGAACAGAGACACCUGAGGAGGCGUCUGGAGCAGCUGGGGGUGGAGAGGACCCGAAUGGACAGUACCGGCUCCACUCUGUCCUCCGACAAGUCCGACUCUGACCAGGAGGACCUGGAUGUAGAUGUGGAGGGGACGGACUACCUGCUGGGUGACCUGGAGUGGAGCACCAGCAGUGUUAGCGACUCAGGGGACGAGCGAGGCAGCCUGCGCAGCAGCUGUAGCGACGAGGGCUACUCCAGCGCCAGCCUGCAGCGCCUGCAGGACACUCAGGAGAGGGCCAAGCAGCUGGGCUGCAGCCUAUAAACAGCACUGGUCACUGACCCAACACCCACCUCCUCCCCUCAGCCAAUCCCAUCCCAAGAUUGUCUCACCACUCCCUUGGUCCCGCUCAGACCCCACCCUCCUUCCUUCCCUCCCUGUUUCCCUUGCCACUCCACCAGGACUGAACAAGUCUGAGGUCUCUCCUCUAGCCAGGCCUCUGCGGACUUCCUGUCCCCACGGUGACUUCCAUUCAGACUGCAACACCUCUGAGACACCCACCCACAUCUAGUCCAUCAUCAGCGGUCAAUCGUUAGGGUGUCACUCACUCGGCUCUGCACCAAUCAAACGAGUGGGAUUUUAAAGACACUCCACCCUACCAACCCCAUUCACCCCCCACCCCACCCCAUCCGUCAGAACCACAACUUUCAGCCAGUGAAUGUUACCACACAAUAUCCCACUGCCUCUUUUUCUAUGCCUCAAGAGCCAUGGGAAGCACUUAUGAGAUUUCACCCUUACUUCACACACACACACGCACACAUGCAUACAUCAACACACACAUACACACACCCCUCCAUCGCUCCUAGUUGUCCAGUGAGACAGAGUCCUCCCAAAGGUGUGACACUGACAUGACGUGGGGCUUUUUUUUCUGCCCUGCUCACCAGUCAACCAUCUGUGCAUGGUAAUUUGCACUUAAAAUUGCUUUUGUAAACAAAACUGUGUCAUCUUUUUCAAACACUGUCUCUUAAAAACUUCAAGGCCCCCACUGCAGCUGUUGCUGUAUUGUUACCAGAAGUGUUUGAAACAUGUCAGUUGUCUGCCUGGGCUGUACGGUGCAGCAGACUUUGUGGACACUAAACUAAACUGUCGGGGGCCGACAGCAAUACAUCCCUUAGUACCCGAGCUUUGGCGGGCGAUCUCGUAAUUACCCUGUAAUUUAUGUCCACGCCUGCAGUUCAGAAGAGAAAGUAACACAAAAACAAACAAAAAAAAUUGUGCAGCAUGAGAUUGUGAAGGGGCUGGGGUGUAGGGGAGGGUUUGGGGUGGGUUUGAUGUUUUCUGCCUCUCUCUGAUGACGGUGGCGUUUUUACAGUUUCCUUUAUUGUAAUGUGUGUAUGUCAUGUUUGAGCCUGGCAACGACAGGGGUCACUAGCAGGUUUGGAAAGAUGAAACACCAGCCACCAGGCCAAAUGCUGGUAUAUUUUUGGCAGGUGCUGGUACAUUUUUUGUACACUAAUUCUUCACUGCCCCAUUCACCAGGUAUUAAAAAGGAAGGGAAGAUUCUAUCUAUUGAGAGCAGUCAAAGAGACUGGAGCACAUUCCACUAUAUAGAGAGGACAGGCAGGUGAGACUGAGAGCAUUAUUUUUUGCGAGUGGAUGUUCCUGCCAAUUAUUUAUGAAGGGAGAGUUCAGUUUGAGGCGAGGCAAGUCACACUGAAACAGAAGGACUAGCUUUGACUUUUCAGUUGGAACAUACUGAGGAAUCUUGCUUCUUUCUUUGUGUUCACAUCUGAAGAGCACCAAAAUAUUAAAACCAAGAAAUGUUUCUCUCCUUCGCCUUGCCUUGAUAGCUAUUUAUUGUUUCUGCAAAAAUGUACUCCUUUUAAUGUAAAUAGUCUAUGGAAAGAUCUCUAUGUCUAUCAACAAAUGUAUUUAUUAGAUAUACUAAAUAUAUAGAUGAAUAUAUAUAUAUAUAUAUAUAUAUAAAGAUAUUUAAUUAGUCAUAGCCUAUGUUCUUCUUGUGGAGUUUAUUGAGAGUUUCCUAUGUGUAGUUUGUUUGCACAGCCUAGUCAAUCCAUAGAAUAUUUAGAAAUAUCUCUUGUGCCUCUAGGCUUUUGUGUCUGUUCAGAAUUUGGCACGGUGCUCCUAGGAAAUGAAAUGUUUUCUUUGUGGUUAAUUCUAAUUUUUAGCUGUAUUCAAAGCCAUCUUGCCCUUUAGAGGAGGGAUAGUAGGACAAAAUCUGUAUAAGUUCUAAAAAUGUGAAUUAAAAAACGUAAAAGUGAGAGAGGAGCUGGUGGCCAGGUUGUGGGGCGGUGAUGACUCCUUUGGCAAAGCUGCGUUGCCUGUUCGCCCAUCUUCGUGCCUAGGAACCUCAAACAAAAUGGCUGCUCGCCCAUGUGAGAUUUCAGCCCUUUGUUUGGUCCAGAAUCCUCACAGGCAGGAGAGGAUAGCAGCUUUUUUGUAUGUAGAUGUCCUCAACCCUGCAGCAACGAUGCCAAAGGAACUUCCCCCUGCUCCUGCAUCUGCCACUUGUAAAUCUCAGUUAAAGCAUGAAGAUGGUACACCAAAAAAAAAAAAAAAAAAAAGAAAGAAAAUCAGAAAAAUAGAUAUAUGAUUGUUUAGUCUUUUGAGUGUGGAAUGCUGCUUUUUUCUGUCAAAUUGAAAUCUUUUCAAACGGAGAGAAACUGUGUAGCCAUGCUAUAAGGGGGGGCUAAAGGGGAAAUGUAUUGAGAAGUAGGUGUGAGUGGGCAGAUGCGUUCACUGAAAUGCCAUCUGUCAGUGUGUGCGUGUGUAUACACUAAGUGUGACUGCGUGUGUGUGCAUUUAUUUCGUCACUGUCUUCAGAGAGAAAUUUUUUGGGGUGGUAGAGGGUGGGUGGUUUAAAAAAAAACAUUUGUAAGGAUAUGUUUCUGUUCUGGGUUUCUGUUCAUUUGUUUACUAGUAAAAUGCAAAAAAAAGUCCACUUGACAAAGACUUCAUGUAUGAACCUAAGCAUUAAUGUCUGUCUAUGGGAGUCUCAUGUUUCUCCUUUUUUCCAUCCAUGGCCUGUUGUCUGUCUUCCACCAAUCUGUGUGUGUGUGUGUGUGUGUGUGUGUGUGGCGUUUCCCGUAUGUGUGUAUGUGUUUGCACAUGCGCCCAUGUGCAAGCAUGACCUCCUCCUCCACAUGCUGCAUUAGCCUCCGUGGUGCAGGUGAGAUGUCUGUAUGUGUGUGUGUGUGUGUGUGUGUGUGUGUGCGUGCCUGCGUGCCCGCAUGCGUGCGUGUAGUGGGGAAUUGUGUGUACAUGUGUGUGUCAAUGAUCACAUGCAACUAUUGUUCCUCACCACCCCACCCCACCCAACCCAACUCCCCUCUACAAAAACCCUGGCGCUCUCAGCAUCUGCCUUAAGAAGCAGGUGUGAAAUCUCUCAAAGAACAAGACUACGGUCAGACCAGUUGUUUAAGCUACAGGUUUCAGCAUCAGGGCAAACUCAUGUUCAUGUGUAUAUUUGGUUUUUGCACAUUUUGUCCCUGCAUACAACAUGGCUGAUAAUGCCUUAAAACAGACACAAAUGUACGACCUAGCAGAAGUAUAUGAUAUGUAUGAGUGUAUAUGAUAUAUCGACAUGUAUCACAAAGGUCAUUCCUUUUCAUUGUGACGGUCUCAGGCGUGGUGCUUUCAUGCAUUACACAAUACACACACACAAACACACAGACAACACCGCGUCAUAGCUCCAUGAACAUCGUCGUCGCCUGUCACCUUUCUUCUCAGAAAGGUCAGAUGUCUGUCUGUUGAACAAUUACUUAAAGGUGGACGUUUUGUGCACUUACUUUUUAAGAAUUGGAGAAUUUAAACACUGUCUUCUAAGGAAAUCACUUCAAAUGUGGGGAAAAAACCCCUUUGAAAAUGAAUUGUGGAGCAGCAAUUUAUAUUUGCCAGUGAUGUUAAAGGAAUAAAACAUUUGAAACCCUUGUUUACCUA